AAUUUCUACUGUAGUAGAAAUUAAAAUACACAUUUAGACGGAUGAUAUGUAGAAAGAAAAGAAAGAAAGUAAAAAGAGUUUUAAUGUUUAACCUAAACUUCUCAUAAUACAAUCAAAGAAAAAAGAUGAUAUAAAAUACUAUUUGAAUGAGGGUAAAAUGUUUUACUCUAAAUUUUCGUCAAACCAUAGAUUUUCUGGGCGGUUCUAGUUGCUUGUGGUGAAAGUGACCUUGUUUCUCAACCCACUCAACGUGCUAAAGAAGUGACCACGGCUGUUCCAAGUGUAUCUGACGCAAUACAAUUAACUAAUACUACUAUCUCACCAACUACAACAACUGAUUUUGAACGAUCGUACUCACCAUUAUCACUAAAUUCGAUUUGCCAUAAAGGGAACGAUAGAGAAUCAGAUGAAGUUGCUAAAUGUUGUAAUGCAAUGAAUCAUGAAGAAGUUUCAUGUUUUCCUUCAAUUUUAUUUUCAACUGACAAUACAAAUAGUAAUAGUGGUGAUAAUAAUAGUUCAACACCGGAUAGACAUAAACGAAUCCGAGAUGAAGCUGAAGAAGCUUAUUUGAAAACAAUCGCUAAAAGACAAAGACUAUAUGAUGAUGCUCAAAAAUUACGACAAUACCAAAUUGGAGAUUUGGCUGGCUUAAAAAUUGAUAAAGCUGAUAGAACUAACACAACACUGAAAAUUUUACCGUGUAAAGUCAUUUCAAUACAAUCAUCAUCUGAUAAUAUGCAUAACUAUCGUCUUUGUACAACAAAAUGUGUUCUAUCUUCAAGAUAUAGUGUUAAUGAUCUCAUAGACUUAACAAAAUGUAAUUUCUCGGAAUUUCCUGCUUUUGAUUCUCAAACAUUACCAACACAAACAUUUAUUCAAGCUUGUAAAGAUUACGUUAGUAGUGGUGUUAACCCAGUUGUAGAAACUUGUGCUUGUACUAGUGGUUGUGCUACAAAAACAUGUCCAUGCAAAGCAGCUAAAGUACCAUGUGGUACAAAAUGCUAUCCUGCUAAAAAAAAAACACUGUUCAAAUAA